AAACAACAACAACGAUGAUGAUGAUGAUGAUGAUGAUGAAGAAGAAUUACUUUUUGAUAAUGAAGAUGAUGAUAUUCGACAGGAAAUAUUAAUAGAUGAACAUCGGCGAACUACAACGACCACGACAACAUAUCAAUGUAACAAUGAACAAAUACAAAUGUCAUUGGAACAAAUCAUAUGUGAAGAUUUACAUGCAUUUGAAAAUCGUUUAAUGGAAAUCAUACAAACAUAUGAACCACAAACAAAACGUUGGCGUUGGAUAUUAACAAUAUCAUUGCUGGCAACAUUAAUAACAGCCAUACAAUGGUUAUUAGAUGUUGAAACAUUUGAAACAUCAUUUUGGCAAUCAUUAUGUAAUCAUCGUUUAUUCACUGCAAAUUGUUUCAUAUUGAUAACAUUAUUUCUUUAUUUUGGUAUACAUCAACGUUGUAUACAGCAUAAUAUUAUUGGCCACCGUAUACGUGAUGUUAUCGGACAAUUCAAUAUGGAUUGUACUGAUCAAGGCCGAUUAAUAUUGAUGCCAAAACCAUCAACAUUUUAUAAUGAACAUUUUAGACAAUAUUUUAAUAAUUUUUAUAAUCAUAAUUAUUCACCACAAUCAUCAUCAUCGUCAUCAUCAUCAGUGAUUUAAAUUGGCAAACAAAAACAUUGCCUGUAUUCAUAUACUCACUCGUUUGUGGUAGUUUUAUGUUUG